ACAUACAGACAGACAGAGAGACAGAAAAAAGACAUACGUCAUUUCGAUGUUUAAUCUUUUGUCCCCAAUAACUACAAAAAAAUUAGUAAAGAAGAUAUAAUAGAUAGAAAUAUUUAAACAGUUGAGAAAAUUUUAUUCUGUUGACAGAAAGGUGAGAAUGAAAGACAGCGUGAAAACGAACCGCUUACGCGUAUAAGGCCCUUAUGCAACAAAUAUAUAUACAUAUAUAUAAAUAUACCAGCAUUAAAAAUAUCUAAUGACAUAAUGAAUAUUAAAAGCCACUCUUCUAUCUACCGAAGAUAGAAGCUCUUUCAACGGUUUUUGAGUUCAAGUUGAUUAAAGAAAGCAAGAACAAAACACAUACAUAAACUUUGGUUGGUUUAUUUCUGCAAAUGAUGAUCGUUUCAAUACACCGUUGAAUUGGUUUAGUCGACUGGCGGUUAAAUUCCUGUUUGUGUUGUGAUUCUCUAGAUUUGUUUUCUUGCUUUGAUUAUACAACGAUGCCAGUGCUACAAGCUGUACAGUAAUGUCUUUUACACUGAAGGACUGGGACGAUCAUGUCGACGUAGAUCUAGUGUUUAGGUACCUAGGUCGCUUCGGGAAGUACCAGAUUGCUCAAUAUGUCCAGAUAUUGCUUGGGAUUUUACCUGCUGCGGUUAACAUUUUUUCAAACGUCUUUACAGGUUUCGAACCCGAUUACAGAUGUCAACAUUUGGACAAUAAAACGCUAAUAGAACUCCGGCGGGAAAUAGAAACCAACAUCAAAGUCUACUAUCAAGAUUGUGAAAUAAAUGUAAGAAAAGAAAACAAACCAGAUGUGGAACAUACCAUGACGUGUGUGAACAGUUACAACUACUCUACUGGCAAAUAUAAAUCAUUCAUUUCAGAGUGGGAUCUGGUAUGCGACCAAGAAGAAUUCGGUAAACUAGUCACUACUGUGUUUCAUGUUGGCAUGAUGAUAGGGGCCGCUCUGUUCCCAUCUUUAGCAGAUAAAUAUGGAAGAAAACCAGUUUACGUCGGAGCUCGGAUUGGAUCUCUGGCCGUCAAUUUCAUGGUAUUGGUCUCACCCAACUAUUCCUUUCUACUUGUCUGCCGUUUCCUCUGUGGCUUACUUCAACCGGGUAUGAAUGUGCCAGGAACUAUAAUGAUAGCCGAGCUUUUCCCUACAGAAAAUCGAACCCAUGUUCUACUACUUGGUGGAGUGAUGUGGGUUUCUGGCGUGAUGAUGAUGGCGCCAAUAGCUUACAUUUUCCGAAAUUUCAAUUGGCGAAUAUUACAUGCUGUUUUCGCCUUGUUCUUCUGUCCUUCCUUAUUUGAGAUAUGGUCUAUAGAUGAGUCUAUACGUUGGUUAAUUGCCAAAGACAGAUGGACAGAAGCAAAACGUCUGAUUAGGAAAGCUGCAAAAAAGAACGAUGUUGACUAUGACCAAGUGGCGUAUGUUUAUCGCCAUUUUGAUCCGUUGGGAUCAGAAGCCUCCCAUUCAGACACCUCGUCUCAUGUAAUUGGAGAUAUUGUCGUAGAUUCUGCAAAACUGAAUUCCAUUCAACCUUCUCUAAGUGUCAAUACAGGAGAAAUACCUACCCAAAUCACGAAUGACACUAAAUAUGUCGACAAUGCUCACAAAUCAUCGAACAGCUUUUCUCCAAGAAUACAAGACAAAGAUGUCCACAUAACAAGUGUUUCUGGUCAGCAUGCAAAACAGAUAAAUGUCAACUCUUCGAAAAUUAAUUCUGCACAAACAGAAGACAGAAAUAUCGAUACAGCGAAAAUCGAUGACUCUGAAAUCAGAAAUGUCGACAGUUCAAAUGUUUGUCUUGAAGGCUUGGUUGUAAAUACAGACAAACAUCUACAGAGAGACUUCCAACUGACAGAAUCUACUUCCUGCCACCAGACAGUGUAUGUAAAUGUUAACAUCGAAAACAAUUGUCACGAACAGACAGAAGACACAGACGCCGUUGUAAACGAUAGUUCCCGCUCCUCACAGCAUGUACAAGACACAAAUUUUGACAUCAAAACCGAAGACACUGUCUCCCAACAAACACAAAAACUCAAUACUGACGCCAUGAAUAUUUUUUCCAAACGGACAAACCCAACAAAAGCGAAUAUUGCCAAGAACACUAGUCUCCAAGACAUACAUGACAUCAAUGAAGACAUUGGAAAGGCCGAAUUACAACAAACUAAUAACAUACUAACAGACAUAAUAAGUACAAGUGUAAACUUUGAUGAAAUGUAUUCAACAAAAGCAGAAUGUAUAAACGCCGACCUAGAUGCAUUCCAACAGAUACCGGAUAAGAAUGACAUGGUUUUAAAAAGAACAUUAAGUGCAGUAAUGACUUCUCAUAUACAUAUUCAGAACGAAGACCUUGGAAUACGUACUGAAAGUAUGCCUUGCAUUAAUAAACCAUUGCCUAAUAAUAUCCAUGACAAUGAUCGACAUAUAAAUGCUAGUAAUGAAACAGAUAAGUAUCUAGGAACUUACAACGAUUCGUCAAUAUCUCAAAAAGCGUUACAAGUCGAUCGCAAUAUUUAUAACGAAAACAACUCUGUUAAAUGUAAUGGCCGUCUACCAGAAAUUGAAGCCGAGGUGUCAGAAAUUGCUGUAAUCACUGAAUUGAUGCCAGUAAACACAAUUUUAUCCGAACAGCAUCAGGAGAGACCUUUACGUGCUCACAAACAGCUAACAGAUACGGCAGUGAGAUCACGUUGCCAACUUCCCGGCAUGCUGUACAUCAUCAAAGAACCUGUCUUGCGUAGAAUUGUUUUUAUUUGUUUAUAUUUGAGAUUGGUUAUUUUUGACACUUUCACGAAUGUUAUGUUCGGCUUUGCGUCUAGGCAUAAUAUGAAAGCUGAACGGCGACAGCAAGGUCAAGUUGAGAUAUGCUUGCCUUUAUUUUUUUUUUUUCUUCAGAAUUGGACGGAAGAAAACGUGUAUUCUUUUCCAGAGUAUCGCCGGUGGGAGUCUAAUUGUUGCAGUUAUAUUUCGUAUGAGUUCAAAAAUGCUGGAAUGGGUUUAGCAAGUACUGCAUCAAGAAUUGGAAGUAUGUUAUCACCAUUUUCUGGUAUUCUGGCCCGCUACAUCUCUUGGGGACCAAGUGUGAUCUUCGCAUUUUUCUGCCUAGUUGCCAACUUGUUGGUAUUGGCUUUGCCAGAGACAGGACACAGGCAGCUUCCACAGUCUGUAGGAGAUAUCAGGCGCUGGAGUGAUGAGCGUGAUGAGACAUGGGAUUCUCAGACUCUACAGCAAAUGGUUAGACUGAUUGUAAUGGGGUCACCACAAACAGAUGACAGAGGAAGAAGAGCUUAAAAGUAAAACAGUAUUGUUAUUUUAUAUGGAGAGAAUUUAAAAAAUGAUAUAUUCAAAUAUUUGGGGAAAGAAAAUUCUUUUUUUAACCCUUUUGAAACCAUUUUGUUUGAGACUGCCCUUGGUUUUCUGAAAUAAACUUUCUGUUUAAAAGUGACCAAAACUUAAAACCUGUCAUCAAAAUUCCAUGUUAAUUUAUGUUCCAAACACCAACUUAAUGUGACAAUUAUUUUACUAAAUUCUUCAUUAUCUUUCGAAAUUAAUUAAAGCAAAGGUAGUGUCUUUCAACAGAAAUAUGGUAACAAAAGGGUUGGAACUUCUCAAGAGUAAAGAAAUACAAUGACUUAUAAGUGUCUUUGAUGACAGAAUAUUUGUAAUGGAAGUUUUGGUUAUAAAAUGGAUUCUUGUUACUAUCAAAAUAAACAAUUUUUUUUUUUAUUUUAAAAAACAAGAAUGUUAUAACUCUUACAA